AUGACUAUGAGUGAUACAAAGGCGAAGGUGAAGAUUGGGAACAACAAGAAUGAAGUAUUCGAUUUUAAUAAAGGUGUAAAACAGGGAGAUGGACUAUCAGGCACCCUUUUCCUAGCGGCAUUGCAUCUAGCUGUAAAACAUAUCAAUCAAAGGGGAACAAUAUUCAACAAGUCCAGCCAGAUAUGCACAUAUGCAGACGAUAUAGCGCUAAUAGCACGCACGAAAGAGAGAUUAAUUGAAAUAUACAAAGAAUUAGAGAAGAGAGGCAAAAACUUGGGCCUGAUAGUGAAUGUCAGCAAGACCAAGUACAUGGUAUUGUCAAAAUCAGAAGUGAGAAGGAAACCAUGCAGUCUGUUCAUAGACCAGAAGGAAUUUGAAGGCGUCGAAAAAUUCAAGUAUCUCGGCAAUAUGUUGGAUAGCAAAGCAAAAACAACGACAUGA